GUUGGGUCAGACCGUGGCGACGCGGGAAGUCCGGACGCCGUAGCGGCCUGAAGAGGAGGUCCGAGGCCCGGGCCCCGGCCGCGGCAAUGGCGGAGAGGCCCGAGGACCUAAACCUGCCCAAUGCCGUCAUCACCAGGAUCAUCAAGGAGGCACUCCCGGACGGUGUCAGCAUCUCCAAGGAGGCCCGGAGCGCCAUCUCCCGCGCCGCCAGCGUCUUCGUGCUGUACGCCACAUCCUGUGCCAACAACUUCGCGAUGAAAGGGAAACGCAAGACACUGAAUGCCAGCGAUGUGCUCUCCGCCCUGGAGGAGAUGGAGUUUCAGCGGUUCGUGACCCCGUUAAAAGAAGCUCCGGAAGCUUAUAGGAGGAAGCAAAAAGGCAAGGAAGCUUCAGAGCAAAAGAAGAAGGACAAAGACAAAAAAACGGAUUCGGAAGAGCAAGACAAGGGCAGGGAUGAGGACAACGAUGAAGAUGAGGAAAGGCUGGAGGAAGAAGAACAGAAUGAAGAGGAGGAAGUGGACAACUGAAGAGGAUGGGGAGACGCAGCUCGGAAGGUACCACUCUGAAACGC